AUGGCUGUGUCAUUCUUUCAAUGGCUGUGCCCUCUCCCCUCCGAGAGAGCCCAAGGAGAGGCCGAAACCGAGACGAUGCCUGGGAAGCUGAAGGUGAAAAUCGUGGCCGGGCGCCAUUUGCCAGUGAUGGACAGAGCUAGUGACCUGACAGAUGCCUUCGUGGAGGUAAAAUUUGGUAAUACAACCUUUAAAACAGAUGUGUGUCUCAAGUCCCUCAACCCUCAGUGGAACUCAGAAUGGUUUAAAUUUGAGGUGGACGAUGAAGAUUUACAAGAUGAACCUCUCCAGAUCACAGUUCUUGACCACGAUACUUACAGUGCAAAUGAUGCCAUUGGUAAAGUCUACAUUGAUAUCGAUCCUUUACUCUACAGUGAGGCUGCCACUGUCAUCUCAGGAUGGUUUCCAAUUUAUGAUACCAUUCACGGUAUCCGUGGGGAAAUCAAUGUAGUUGUCAAAGUAGACCUCUUCAACGAUUUAAACCGAUUCAGGCAGUCGUCAUGUGGAGUGAAAUUCUUCUGCACAACAUCUAUUCCAAAAUGCUACAGAGCUGUGAUAAUUCAUGGAUUUGUAGAAGAACUUGUAGUCAAUGAAGACCCAGAAUAUCAAUGGAUUGAUCGGAUUCGCACACCAAGGGCAUCAAAUGAGGCCAGACAGAGACUCAUUUCCUUAAUGUCAGGCGAACUGCAGAGGAAGAUUGGCUUGAAAGUGCUUGAAAUGAGAGGAAAUGCGGUGGUUGGGUACUUACAGUGCUUCGAUCUGGAAGGCGAAUCUGGGUUAGUGGUACGAGCCAUAGGAACAGCGUGUACACUGGAUAAAUUAAGUAGCCCAGCGGCAUUCCUUCCCGCAUGUAAUUCCCCAUCCAAAGAAAUGAAGGAGUCUCCGCUGGUUCAUCCUCCAAGCCAUGGAUGCCGCUCGACUCACAACAGCCCAAUUCACACUGCUACUGGCUCACGACUUACUCAGAACUUCUCUGUGUCUGUUCCCACUCUCAUCUAUACUGGAAUGGGAAGUGGUAGUGCUGGAAAAGAAGGGGGGCCCUUUAAAGCUCUUUUAAGACAACAGACUCAGUCAGCAUUGGAACAGAGGGGAGGAUCGCCUCAUAGGUUCUGUAGAAGGCGGGAAUUUCCGUUUUUCACCUUGACGGCGUUCCCUCCUGGAUUUCUCGUGCACGUUGGGGGUGUAGUUAGCGCGCGCUCAGUGAAGCUUUUGGAUCGUAUCCACAAUCCUGAUGAACCAGAAACUCGAGACGCGUGGUGGGCAGAAAUCAGACAAGAAAUAAAAUCACAUGCCAAAGCGUUAGGCUGUCAUGCCGUAGUGGGCUACAGUGAAUCUACUAGCAUCUGCGAAGAGGUCUGUAUUUUAUCCGCGUCCGGCACGGCAGCUGUACUGAACCCUAGAUUUCUGCAGGAUGGCACCGUGGAGGGCUGUUUGGAACAGAGGCUAGAAGAAAAUUUGCCUGCAGGCUGUGGAUUUUGCCAUAUACCAUACGAUGAACUGAAUAUGCCAUUUCCAGCUCAUCUCACCCAUUGCUACAACUGCAGGAAACAAAAAGUUCCUGAUGUUCUCUUUACAACCAUAGACCUGCCAGUGGAUGCGACAGUUAUAGGAAAAGGUUGUCUCAUUCAAGCAAGGUUGUGUCGCUUAAAAAAGAAAGCACAGGCAGAAGCAAAUGCCACAGCUAUCAGUAAUCUGCUGCCAUUUAUGGAGUAUGAAGUGCACACUCAGCUGAUGAAUAAGCUGAAACUCAAAGGAAUGAACGCUUUAUUUGGACUGAGAAUCCAGAUCUCAGUGGGUGAAAACAUGCUCAUGGGCUUAGCGUCGGCCACAGGUGUGUACUUAGCAGCCUUACCGACGCCCGGAGGUAUUCAGAUUGCCGGCAAGACUCCUAACGAUGGCUCCUACGAGCAGCACAUAUCUCACAUGCAGAAGAAGAUAAACGACACGAUUGCUAAGAAUAAAGAGCUAUAUGAAAUCAACCCUCCGGAGAUGUCUGAAGAGAUUAUAGGGUCACCCAUUCCAGAACCGAGACAACGCUCAAGACUUCUGAGAUCGCAGUCAGAAAGCUCUGAUGAAGUUGCCGAAUUGGACCUUUCACAUGGGAAAAAAGAUGCAUUUGUUUUGGAGAUCGACGACACAGAUGCUAUGGAAGAUGUACAUUCUCUCCUGACUGAUGUUCCGCCUCCUUCAGGCUUUUAUAGUUGUAAUACAGAAAUUAUGCCUGGUAUAAAUAAUUGGACAUCUGAAAUACAGAUGUUCACAUCAGUGAGAGUAAUCCGAUUAAGCAGCCUCAACCUGACGAAUCAAGCUCUCAAUAAGAACUUCAAUGAUCUCUGUGAAAAUUUGCUUAAGAGCCUGUAUUUUAAGCUACGGUCUAUGAUCCCCUGUUGCCUUUGCCAUGUAAAUUUCACAGUGUCUCUCCCAGAAGAUGAAUUAAUUCAGGUUACCGUCACAGCAGUUGCAAUAACUUUUGACAAAAAUCAGGCUUUACAAACCGCAAAAACACACGCUGAGAAGUCAUUGCAAAGAGCCUCUACAGAUAAUGAAGAACUCCUGCAGUUUCCACUGGAGCUCUGCUCAGACUCACUCCCUUCUCAUCCUUUUCCACCGACUAAAGAACACCUGGAGAGUGCAAGUUCUAACUCAGGUAUACCAGCUGCACAGAGAGCGACGUCAGUUGAUUACAGUUCCUUUGCAGACAGAUGCAGCAGCUGGAUAGAGCUCAUUAAACUGAAAGCUCAGACCAUAAGGCGCGGAUCGAUUAAGACAACUGUGACAGUCGAAAAAGCGAGUCCAGUGGGUGAAGGAAAUUUCCGGAAUCGUUCUUCGCCCCCUUGUGCCAAUUCUACAGUUGGGGUCGUUAAAAUGACACCCCUUUCUUUCAUUCCUGGAGCAAAAAUAACGAAAUAUCUUGGGAUAAUUAACAUGUUUUUUAUUCGGGAAACCACUUCUCUUCGUGAGGAAGGAGGAGUCAGCGGCUUCCUCCACGCCUUCAUCGCUGAAGUGUUCGCGAUGGUGAGAGCCCACGUGGCGGCGCUCGGCGGGAACGCUGUUGUCUCCUACAUCAUGAAGCAGUGCGUCUUCAUGGAGAACCCCAAUAAAAACCAGGCACAGUGUCUGAUAAACGUCAGUGGAGACGCCGUGGUUUUUGUUCGUGAAUCUGAGCUAGAAGUGGCAUCAACCCAGCAACCCACUGCCAACUGCCAGCCAGCCUGCGCUGGAGGGGAAGUUACAACCUGAAGUCGGUCAGAAAGGAAGCGCCCAGCUGAGUGGCAUUCACCUGUCUCCAUGGUUUUGUCAUUAAUUAUCUUUCUCGACUUAAAAAGUGAACUUCAUUUGAGAUGAUUAAGAAUUGCUACAUCUUAUGAGUGUGUUUGAUUUGUCUGGAAUCACUUGGAGGCAGGAGAACUUUCAAAUCGUGCCGAGACUGGCAGCCCCGUGGGGCCUUGACCCCCAGUCAGUUCAGGUAAAUUUCUCAGAGGACUGUAGCAACGGUGGAAGCUGUUUGUAAUUUAUUUUGAUUUUAAUAAAAUCAUAAUUUAAAAAACGAGAUGGUAAGGUUAUCAGGAAAUUGGGAUAGCUCUCCUAGUAUAGUUUAGAAAAACUAAGCAAGAAAUUCGCAGUUUGUUAAUGAGUAAAUCAUCUGAAUGUGUAAUGGGAAAAAUGGAGAAGAAUUUUCAGAACACUGUGUGGGUUUCUUAGUGUGUGAUUUUGAUGAGGAAUUUGGUAACAACUGAAAGGGAAGAGUGAGUCAGCCAUCUUUAAAAAGAAGUUCAAAUUCGGCAACCUGCAUCCAUAGUAAGUCCCAGAGACUGGAAAAGAAAAAGUCAUUGAUCAGAGCCAGUGUCCUUCCAUUGGAAGUUUAAAUAGUGUCUGUAAGGAAGGAGGGGAAAAAAAUACCGUAUAACUUUGUUUCUGGCCAAGUUUCAGUUUGUGUUUAUCAGUUGGUCUAAAAGAGGCUUGGCUUCAGCUGGGAAGAAAAGGCCAGUGAAUUUUGUUGAAGUGGUUAAGAUACAACUGACCUAGGAGGAAUGUAAAAUUAUUUUCUCAUAAAAUUGUACCGCACUCCUCCCAAAUAAACAGCAUUUUAAUAAUAUCUUAGGGAUUUUUGAUGGUAAGUCAGACUGUAUUUGGCAUAGAAUCUGGAAAUGUAACUUGAAUGUAAAUACACUGCAGAAUGCUGAAUGUAUAGAGGGAAACUCUUUUUCUGUCGAUGCCAAAUACCUGUUACAAAUGAACCUGCAAAAGUACAUUCCUUCUUUGCACAAUAAAAUUUCCUCAUGAAACUCAUGGUUUUGCUCGUCCAGGAUGGCAGCCGCCCUAACGAUUAGGAGCCCUUUCCUGGUUAUCACAGGCGUCAAUAUUUUUCUGUAUUUUGUUUAUAAUUUUAUUUUUUAAAUAAAAAGUUUAUAAAGAUAAACGGG